GAAGUUGGCGGCGCUGAGGCUGGCCCGGGACGCGCCGCCCGGAGCCCGGGGCCGGAGGGCGGAGGGAGGAGGGAGGGUCGCGGCGGGCCGCCAUGGGGCCGGGGACCCGGGUCCGCCGCCGCGGCCAGAUGUCGCCGCUGCCGUCCGUGCGGGCGCCGCUGCUCCUGCUGCUGCUGGCGGGACCCGGGGCUGCAGCUCCCCCUUGCCUGGAUGGAAGCCCGUGUUCAAAUGGAGGUCGCUGUACCCAGCUGUCCUCCCGGGAGGCUGUCUGCCUGUGCCCACCAGGCUGGGUGGGUGAGCGGUGCCAGCUGGAAGACCCCUGCCAUUCGGGCCCCUGUGCUGGUCGUGGAGUCUGCCAGAGCUCGGUGGUAGCAGGCACUGCCCGGUUCUCCUGCCGCUGUCCCCGUGGGUUCAGAGGCCCUGACUGCUCCCUGCCAGACCCCUGCCUCAGCAGCCCCUGUGCCCAUGGGGCCCGCUGCUCAGUGGGGCCGGAUGGCCGCUACCUCUGUGCCUGCCCACCUGGCUACCAGGGCCGCAGCUGUCGGAGCGACGUGGAUGAGUGCCGGGGGGGAGGUCCCUGCCAUCAUGGUGGCACGUGCCUCAACACGCCAGGCUCUUUCCGCUGCCAGUGCCCAGCCGGCUACCUGGGGCCGCUGUGUGAGACCCCGGCAGUGCCCUGCGCACCUUCCCCGUGCCGUAACGGGGGCACCUGCCGACAGAAUGGCGACCUCUCCUAUGACUGCGCCUGCCUCCCGGGGUUCGAGGGCCAGAACUGCGAAGUGAAUGUGGAUGACUGUCCAGGGAACCGGUGCCUGAAUGGGGGGACAUGUGUCGAUGGCGUCAACACCUACAAUUGCCAGUGCCCUCCGGAGUGGACAGGCCAGUUCUGCACAGAGGAUGUGGAUGAGUGCCAGCUGCAGCCCAAUGCCUGCCACAACGGGGGCACCUGCUCCAACACGCUGGGUGGCCACAGCUGCGUGUGCGUCAACGGCUGGACCGGGGAGAGCUGUAGUCAGAAUAUUGACGACUGUGCCACGACCGUGUGCUUCCACGGGGCCACCUGCCACGACCGUGUGGCCUCCUUCUACUGCGCCUGCCCCAUGGGCAAGACUGGGCUUCUGUGCCACCUGGACGACGCCUGUGUCAGCAAUCCCUGCCACGAGGACGCGAUCUGCGACACCAACCCGGUGAAUGGCCGGGCCAUCUGCACCUGUCCGCCGGGCUUCACCGGCGGCGCCUGUGACCAGGAUGUGGACGAGUGCUCCAUUGGUGCCAACCCGUGCGAGCACCUGGGCAAGUGUGUGAACACCCAGGGCUCGUUCCUGUGCCAGUGUGGCCGCGGCUACACCGGCCCGCGCUGCGAGACGGACGUCAACGAGUGCCUCUCCGGGCCCUGCCGCAACCAGGCCACGUGCCUGGACCGCAUCGGCCAGUUCACCUGCAUCUGCAUGGCAGGCUUCACAGGCACCUACUGCGAGGUGGAUAUGGACGAGUGUCAGAGCAGCCCAUGUGUCAACGGCGGGGUCUGCAAGGACAGAGUCAAUGGCUUCAGCUGCACCUGUCCCUCUGGCUUCAGUGGGGCCCUGUGCCAGCUGGACGUGGACGAGUGCGCGAGCACACCCUGCAGGAACGGAGCCAAGUGCGUGGACCAGCCUGACGGCUACGAGUGCCGCUGCGCCGAGGGCUUUGAGGGCACCCUGUGUGAGCUCAACGUGGACGACUGCUCUCCGGACCCGUGCCACCACGGGCGCUGCGUGGACGGCAUCGCCAGCUUCUCCUGCGCCUGCGCCCCCGGCUACACGGGCACGCGCUGCGAGAGCCAGGUGAACGAGUGCCGCAGCCAGCCCUGCCGCCACGGGGGCAAGUGCCUGGACCUGGUGGACAAGUACCUCUGCCGCUGCCCUCCCGGCACCACAGGUGUCAACUGUGAGGUGAACAUCGACGACUGCGCCAGCAACCCCUGCACCUUUGGCAUCUGCCGGGACGGCAUCAACCGCUACGACUGUGUCUGCCAGCCUGGCUUCACAGGGCCCCUGUGCAACAUGGAGAUCAACGAGUGUGCGUCCAACCCCUGUGGGGAAGGCGGCUCCUGUGUGGACGGGGAAGACGGCUUCCACUGCCUCUGCCCGCCGGGCUCCCUGCCGCCACUGUGCCUCCCCCCCAGCCACCCCUGUGCCCAGGAGCCCUGCAGUCACGGCGUCUGCCAUGACGCACCCGGAGGGUUCCGCUGUGUGUGCGAUCCUGGCUGGAGUGGCCCCCAGUGCAGCCACAGUCUCACGCGAGACGCCUGUGAGUCUCAGCCCUGUGGGGCUGGUGGCACCUGCACCAGCAACGGGGCGGACUUCCACUGCACCUGUCCCCCUGGCGUGCAGGGGCGUCAGUGUGAGCUGCUGUCCCCCUGUGCCCCGAACCCCUGUGAGCACGGGGGCCACUGCGAGCCUGGUCCUGGCCAUCUGGCUGUCUGCUCCUGCCCGCCUGGCUGGCAAGGCCCUCGAUGCCAGCAGGACGUAGACGAGUGUGCUGGCCCCUCGCCCUGCGGCCCCCACGGGACCUGCACCAACCUGGCGGGCAGUUUUAGCUGCACCUGCCAUGGGGGGUAUAGUGGCUCUUCCUGUGACCAGGACAUCGAUGACUGCGACCCCAACCCCUGCCUGAAUGGCGGCUCCUGCCAGGACCGCGUGGGCUCCUUCUCCUGCUCCUGCCUCCCAGGCUUUGCCGGGCCCCGCUGCGCCCACGACGUGGACGAGUGUCUGAGCAGCCCCUGCGGCCCCGGCACCUGCACCGACCACGUGGCCUCCUUCGCCUGCACCUGCCCCCCGGGCUAUGGAGGCUUCCGCUGCGAGCGGAACCUGCCCGACUGCAGCCCCAGCUCCUGCUUCAACGGCGGGACCUGCUUGGACGGAGUGAACUCCUUCACCUGUCUGUGCCGCCCUGGCUACACCGGCGCGCACUGCCAGCAGGAGGCCGACCCCUGCCUGUCCCGGCCCUGUCUGCACGGGGGCGUCUGCACCGCCACCUACCCUGGCUUCCUCUGCACCUGUCCGGAGGGCUUCACGGGCGCCCAGUGUCAGACCCUGGUGGACUGGUGCAGCCUUGAGCCUUGUCAGAACGGGGGCCGCUGUGCCCAGACAGGGGCCUCUUUCUACUGCCUCUGCCCUCCCGGGUGGAGCGGCAGCCUCUGCGACAUCCAGAGCCUGCCCUGCAGGGCGGCUGCGGCCCAGAUGGGGGUGCGGCCGGAGCAGCUGUGCCAGGCUGGUGGGCAGUGUGUGGACAAGGAGAGCGCCCACUACUGCGUGUGCCCGGAGGGCCGCACGGGCAGCCACUGUGAGCAGGAGGUGGACCCCUGCCUGGCCCAGCCCUGCCAGCACGGGGGCACGUGCCAAAGCUACCUGGGGGGUUAUGUGUGCGAGUGUCCCGCUGGCUACGCCGGUGACAACUGCGAGGCGGACGUGGAUGAGUGUGCCUCUGAGCCCUGCCAGCACGGGGGCUUCUGCAUCGACCUCGUGGCCCGGUUCCUCUGCUCCUGUCCUCCUGGGACCCUCGGGGUUCUCUGUGAGAUGAACGAGGACGACUGUGGCCCAGGCCCCCCCCAGGACCCCGGCCCCCGGUGCUUGCACAACGGCACCUGUGUGGACCUCGUGGGCGGCUUCCGCUGCACCUGCCCGCCAGGCUACACCGGCCGGCGCUGUGAGGCUGACAUCAACGAGUGUCACCCGGGCGCCUGCCACGCCGCUCACACCCGGGACUGCCUGCAGGAUCCAGGGGGGGGCUUCCGCUGCCUCUGCCGAGCUGGCUUCACAGGUCCCCGCUGUCAGACUGUCCUGUCUCCCUGCGAGUCCCAGCCGUGCCAGCAUGGGGGCCAGUGCCGGCCUGGCCCCGGCUCUGGGGGUGCCAUGACCUUCACCUGCCAUUGUGUCCCGCCGUUCUGGGGCCCGCGGUGUGAGCGGGUGGCGCGAUCCUGCCGGGAGCUGCAGUGCCCCGCGGGCAUCCCGUGCCAGCAGACGGCGCGUGGGCCGCGCUGCGCCUGCCCCGCGGGGCUGGCAGGGCCCGCCUGCCCGGGGGCCGCCAACGCCAGCUGCCUGCUCUCCCCCUGCCUGCACGGGGGCGCGUGCACCCCGGAGCCUUCCGCGCCCUUCUUCCGCUGCGCGUGCGCCCCCGGCUGGGCCGGGCCCCGCUGCGAGGUGCCGGCGGCGGCGGCGGCGCCCGAGGCCCCCGAGGAGGAGCCGCUGUGCCCGAGCGCCGCCUGCGAGGCCAAGAGCGGGGACCGGCGCUGCGACCGGGAGUGCAACAGCCCGGCCUGCGGCUGGGACGGCGGCGACUGCUCGCUGAGCGUGGGCGACCCCUGGCGGCAGUGCGCGGCGCUGCAGUGCUGGCGUCUCUUCAACAACAGCCGCUGCGACCCGGCCUGCAGCUCCCCCGCCUGCCUCUACGACAACUUUGACUGCCGGACUGGAGGCCGCGAGCGCACCUGCAACCCGGUCUAUGAGAAGUACUGCGCCGACCACUUCGCCGACGGCCGCUGCGACCAGGGCUGCAACACGGAGGAGUGCGGCUGGGACGGGCUGGACUGCGCCGGGGAGGUGCCGGCGCUGCUGGCCCGCGGCGUGCUGGUGCUCACCGUGCUGCUGCCGCCCGCCGAGGUGCUGCACGCGGGCACCGACUUCCUGCAGCGGCUCAGCGCCAUCCUGCGCACCUCCCUGCGCUUCCGCCUGGACGAGCGCGGCCAGGCCAUGGUCUUCCCGUACCACCGGCGGGACCCCGGCCCCGGAGCCCCGCACUGGCGCGAGCUGGGCCCCGAGGCGAUCGGCUCGGUGGUGAUGCUGGAGAUCGACAACCGACUGUGCCUGCAGUUGCCCGACAAUGACCACUGCUUCUCCGACGCCCAGAGCGCGGCCGACUACCUGGGAGCGCUGUCCGCGGUGGAACGCCUGGACUUCCCGUACCCGCUGUGGGCUGCGCGGGGGGAGCCGCUGGAGCCGCCGGAGCCCGGCGUGCCGCUGCUGCCGCUGCUGGCCGCCAGCGCCGUCUUCCUGCUGGUCAUCCUCGUCCUGGUGGUCAUGGUGGCCCGGCGCAAGCGUGAGCACAGCACCCUGUGGUUCCCCGAGGGCUUCGCGCUGCACAAGGACGUGGCCGCCGGCCACAAGGGCCGGAGGGAGCCCGUGGGCCAGGACGCGCUGGGCAUGAAGAAUAUGGCCAAGGGGGAGAGUCUGAUGGGGGAGGUGGCCACAGACUGGAUGGACACAGAGUGCCCGGAGGCCAAGCGACUGAAGGUCGAGGAGCCUGGCGUGGGGGCUGAGGAUGCUGUGGACUGCCGCCAGUGGACUCAACACCACCUGGUUGCUGCUGACAUCCGCGUGGCCCCAGCCAUGGCCUUGACGCCACCGCAGGGCGAUGCGGAUGCUGAUGGCAUGGAUGUCAACGUGCGUGGCCCAGAUGGCUUCACCCCGCUGAUGCUGGCCUCCUUCUGUGGGGGGGCCUUGGAGCCGGUGCCAGCCGAGGAGGAUGAGGCGGAAGACACGUCUGCCAGCAUCAUCUCAGACCUGAUUUGCCAGGGGGCCCAGCUCGGGGCGCGGACUGACCGCACGGGCGAGACGGCCUUGCACCUGGCCGCCCGCUAUGCCCGGGCCGAUGCGGCCAAGCGGCUGCUGGAUGCCGGAGCAGACACCAAUGCCCAGGACCACUCGGGGCGCACGCCCCUGCACACGGCUGUCACCGCCGAUGCCCAGGGCGUCUUCCAGAUUCUCAUCCGGAACCGCUCCACAGACCUGGAUGCCCGCAUGGCCGAUGGGUCGACCGCACUGAUCCUGGCGGCCCGCCUGGCGGUGGAGGGCAUGGUGGAAGAGCUCAUUGCCAGCCACGCUGAUGUCAAUGCUGUGGAUGAACUCGGGAAAUCAGCCUUACACUGGGCUGCAGCUGUCAACAACGUGGAGGCCACCUUGGCCCUGCUCAAAAAUGGAGCCAACAAGGACAUGCAAGACAGCAAGGAGGAGACACCGCUGUUCCUGGCUGCCCGGGAGGGCAGCUACGAGGCUGCCAAGCUCCUGCUGGACCACUUUGCCAACCGGGAGAUCACUGACCACCUGGACAGGCUGCCCCGCGACGUGGCCCAGGAGAGGCUGCACCAGGACAUCGUGCGCUUGCUGGACCAGCCCAGCGGGCCGCGCAGCCCCCCGGGCUCCCACGGCCUGGGGCCCCUGCUCUGCCCACCCGGCGCCUUCCUCCCUGGCCUCAAGGCGGCGCAGUCGGGGGGCAAGAAGAGCCGAAGGCCGCCGGGGAAAGCAGGGCUGGGACCGCAGGGCGCCCGGGGCCGGGGCAAGAAGCUGACGCUGGCCUGCCCGGGUCCCCUGGCUGAGAGCUCAGUCACCCUGUCGCCCGUAGACUCUCUGGACUCCCCACGGCCCUUUGGGGGCCCCCCUGCGUCCCCUGGAGGUUUCCCCCUCGAGGGGCCCUACAUGAGUGCCACCACCACAGCCAUGUCCCUGGCACAACUUGGUGGUGCAGGCAGGGCAGGGCUAGGGCGCCAGCCCCCUGGGGGCUGUGUCCUCAGCCUGGGCUUGCUGAAACCUGUGGCCGUUCCCCUCGACUGGGCCCGGCUGCCCCCACCUGCCCCACCGGGCCCCUCGUUCCUGCUGCCGCUGGCCCCGGGACCCCAGCUGCUGAACCCUGGGACCCCCCUGUCUCCUCAGGAGCGGCCCCCGCCAUACCUGGCUGUCCCGGGACAUGGCGAGGAGUAUCCAGUACCCGGGGCCCAUGGCAGCCCCCCCAAGGCUCGCUUCCUCCGGGUCCCGAGUGAGCACCCCUACCUGACCCCGUCCCCGGAGUCCCCCGAGCACUGGGCCAGCCCCUCGCCGCCCUCCCUCUCGGACUGGUCCGAUUCCACACCCAGCCCAGCCACUGCCACCAGGGCAGCCACCGCUGCUGGGACACUCCCGGCCCAGCCACUCUCCCUGUCUGUCCCUGGCCCUCUAGUGCAGGCCCAGACCCAGCUGGGGCCCCAGCCUGAGGUCACUCCCAAGAGGCAGGUGUUGGCUUGAGGGGCUCCUCAGUUUCUUGGAGUUUGGGCAACUGAAGAGACAUCCUAUCUUGAUUCUGUUCUCUUCCCCAUUUUCCUUUAAUCCCUUUCAUUCUCUUUUCCAACCUCCUACCCCUGCAGUGUGACUGACAUAGUUUACCAGCCUAGGGCUUCAAUCGUCCCUUAUUUGUAAGGCGUUCAGGCUGACCCCCGACCCAUGGGUCUUGUGAUGAGCCUGGGACCUCCUCCUGUCCUCCCCUCUUCCUGCUCCCCAACUCACCCUCCCUUCCUUUUUGCCUCCUCUGGCCUCUUUGAAUCCUCACACUCUGACACGAGUGGAUUUUUUUUUUUUUUUUUUUUUUUUUUUACAUUUUGUAUAGAAACAAAAUUCAUUUAAACAAACUUAUUAUUAUUAUUAUUAUUUUUUACAAAAUAUAUAUAUGGAGCUGCUCCCUGCCCCCUGCAAACCCCCCAGUGCCCCCAUGGGGCUGAGUCUGUGGGCCCAUUUGGCCAAGCUGGAUUCUGUGUACCGAGUACACAGGUAUGACUGGGAUCCUGUGUACCGAGUACAUGACCCUGGUGUGUACCAAGUAGUCACCCUUGGGCGCACCCUCUGGGGCUAGGGGUUGGCAAGAUGUGGGAGCUUCCUUCCCACCCCACGUCCCUCACUUCACUGCAUUCCAGAUGGAACUUGUCCUAUAGCUUUGCUGGGGGAAGGGCCCUUCUGCCUCAGAGAGCCCACUCCCAGAUAGUCUCCCCUCCCUAGAGCCUGGGCCACCGCCCUUUGGGAACUUGGGGGUGGGUGGUGGGAACAUGAGGAUUAGGGGAGUUUCGUGCAUUUCACUUUGUCUCCCUGAACACGUGGGACUGCAAGAUGGGAAGGAGCUGCCUGAGAGGCACCUCUCCUGGUCCUCCCCUCACCCAGUCCCAUGGCAGAAUAUAAGUAUUUUUAGGCUAUUUUUGUAAUAUGGCUUCUGAUCACGAUUUCUAUGUAGCUAAGUUCCCAGGCCUUGCGUUGUACAGCCCCCCCCCCCCAUUCUCCUCACCACCUAAUAAAGGAAUAGUUAACACUCA